UGUAGCUUUUAAGUUAUCCAUGAAAGUUACUUUGACUCUGAGACUGAAUAAAUAGUAAGAUAUUAUUACUUUUUUCCCCCGCUGUAGUCGUGAGUUUCGUCUUGGAUUAACAACAUGACAAAGGAAAACCGUGUGAAUCUUGACACAUUUUUGUUGGCUUUUACUCAACUGGAACAGGGAAUCGCAGAAGUUAAUAACAAAAACAAUGCUUUGGAGAUCAUGCUGGAGGAUGCCAACAGACUCCUGAAAUUCAACAUGGCCAAGGAGAAAAGUCUGAUUGAGGAGCGAGACAGUCUUCUGGUCUCGGUGAACAGACUGCAGCAGACUCUGCAGGAGCAGAUCAACCUCAGAGUGGAGAAUGACAGCCUGAAGAUUCAUAUGAUGGAACUAGAACAACAGAAUAAGAGAACAGCACAGGAUGGAGAGGCUGAGGUUCAGCGGUUGGUUGGUGAAAUGAGAGCAGAAGCAGAGAAACACCAGAGGGAGCUAGAGACUUUGAGACAGCAGUGCAGGAGCGAGGUGGAGGAUGCCCACAGGCAGGCUUUCAAUCAGAUGGAAGCUAAAGAUGCUGAGCUGAAGAAUCUGCUGGAGAGGAAAGAUCUGGAUCUGGAGGAAAUGAAGAAGAAGCUGAAGGAGCAGGAGAGAGAGAAGCAGAGCGAGCUCCUCAAGUUACAGAUGGAGUUUGGUGCCAAGUUAGCCAGAGUUCAGAGUACAGCUCAGUUGAGCCAACAGCAACAGCAGCAACAACACAGCUCCAGCCUCCUUCCCCAGAGUGUCUUCAAGAGGAAGCUGCAGUUCUUCCAGGAGGAGAAGAACAGAGAGAUUGAGGUCUUGCGUCACAGAAUCAAAGAACUGGAAGAGAGCCAGCGUGUCGUAGGCCACAACAUUAACCCUCUAAAGAGGCGAAAGUUUGUUUAGAAGCUAACGAGCUGCUGACCUCCCAACUGACCUCCCGCCGUUGCAAUCUUCUGACCUCUCAGUGGGCAAAAAAUACUCAAGUGUUUUGACAUUUCUAGAUUUAUAUUUUAGCUCCAUUUCGAAGCAUUUCCUCAGAGUUGAGGAAGUCGACAUCUUUUCCAGAUGGUUUUCUGAACGCCUUGCCUUUUUUUUGUAUAGUCACUCAUGAUCAGAUUUGCAGUCUCACCACGCUGCUUGCAGGUGACCAGUGUGAAGCGAGCACAUUCUCAACACAUGCUGUAGCCCGGUGUAAGGCUUUAAUCCAAUUAGA